AUGAGAAGUGACAACCAGAGCUUCCUGUGGGAUCCUCCGAAGGACUUCAUCCUUCUGGGCAUCUCUGACAGACCAUGGCUAGAACUUCCUCUCUUCGUGGUCCUCCUGGUGUCCUACAUUCUGGCCAUGCUGGGAAACAUUUCCAUCAUCCUGGUGUCGCGGCUGGAUGCCCAGCUGCACAGCCCCAUGUACAUCUUCCUCAGCCACCUGUCCUUCCUGGACCUGUGCUACACGACCACCACGGUCCCCCAGAUGCUGGCCAACAUGGGCAGCUCCAGGAAGACCAUCAGCUACGGUGGCUGCACCGUGCAGUAUGCCAUUUUCCAUUGGCUGGGGUGCACCGAGUGCAUCGUCCUGGCUGCCAUGGCCCUGGACCGUUACGUGGCCAUCUGUGAGCCUCUGCGGUAUGCCAUUAUCAUGCACCGCCCUCUCUGCCAGCAGCUUGUGGCUGUGGCCUGGCUCAGUGGCUUUGGCAACUCCCUCGUUCAAGUGGUCCUGACAGUCCAGCUGCCCUUCUGCGGGAGGAAGGUGCUGAACAACUUCUUCUGCGAGGUGCCAGCUAUGAUCAAGCUGUCGUGUGCAGACACUGCUGUGAAUGACACCAUGCUGGCCGUUCUGGUGGCCUUCUUUGUGCUUGUCCCCCUGGCUCUCAUCCUCCUCUCCUAUGGCUUCAUUGCCCGGGCUGUGCUCAGGAUCCAGACCUCCAUGGGACGGCACAAGGCCUUUGGGACCUGUUCCUCCCACCUGGUGGUGGUCUCCCUCUUCUACCUGCCUGCCAUCUACAUGUAUCUGCAGCCCCCCUCCAGCUACUCCCAAGAGCAGGGCAAGUUCAUCUCCCUCUUCUACUCCAUAAUCACACCCACCCUCAAUCCCUUCAUUUAUACCCUGAGGAAUAAGGACGUGAAGGGAGCUCUCAGGAGACUCCUGGCCAGGGCCUGGAGGCCCUGCAGAAGAUGA